AGUUUCAUCUGUAUAUAUUUCUCCAGGGUUUUUUGUCUUUUUAACAUUAAGGGCCGGCUUAUUAGCCGUCAAGUAAGCGCUAACGGCUUUGACGUCAACUUUCUGAGGUUGUGAAAUGAUGUAAUAGAAAAGAUGUCACAAACUUUUUUGAACAAUUCGCGUGAGUAAAUAAAAUUACUCAAAACAGGAAAAUUUAGCCACUUUUGGAACGCAAGAUAUUAACUUUUGUAUUUUUGUUUACCAAGUAACUUACAAAGGUCAUCCCAUGAUUCACUUUCUGUUGAAUAUCAAUUUUAUUUCAAAAAACUUUUUGUAAUCGUAUCACAUCACCCACUAUGUGCUACUUCCCUCAGAAAGCAAUGCAAAUCGCUGCAAUGUCUUCACAGUUAUGUAUUUCCGUUCUACCCUUUCUUAUGAUCGUUUUGAAGCAUAUCCUUCCAUUUUUAAUGAUGCAUUUCCGUUUAAUAACUCAUAAAUUAUAGUCGGUUACAAUACAAGCCGUCAAAAGACACUAAGGCUAAUUAAUGCAAUUAAAGCAUAAAUUGCAGAAUCUAAUAUUUGUUGAUCUCAUAUCGCAAGAUUAAAUGAAUAUGCAAUAAGAAUUGGCAUUCCAAAGGAUAAACAAGAAUUAAAAUGGAGUAUCAAAUGGAUGGGAUGUGUAUAUCAUAAGCUGUUUAUGGCGGAGAACUUGUUGAAUUACUUGAACAAUAUGGCCGAAAGAAGUUGCGACCACAUCAACACCAUCUUAAUAUUCACCAAAUAAAGUCACCAGAAACAUAAUUUUGUGUUGUUGGAGAUAUUACUGACAUUUGUCAGAGCGAGGGGGAUGAAAAUCCUAGAUUAGAGUCACCGGGGAGGUUAGAAAUAGGAGAAGCAACAAAUAGUGCUGGACGCAAACCCCCCAAAAAAGUUAGUUAUAUGCGAUAUUUAUAUUUCCACGGAUCUCCGUAUUACCAGACGCAAGGACAAUUCAUUUUGAGUUCUCAGAAAAAAUGCAGUUUUCUUGCUUGUGUACUUUACUAAAUUCAAUUUCACUUUACACCAACCUAGAUCCCAGGGCUCUACAUAACUUCUGCAAAAUUAAGUGUGAUGAGUCCGCUGUUUCGUGUCGGCUAAAUGUCUAACAUAAUCUCUAUAUCAUAAGCAUAAAUUAUCUCCAUAAUAGUAAGCAGUAAUGAGUUUCUAGUAAACUUACAUUCUCCAUAAAAUUAAUCAAUUGUGGGUUUAAUUUAAUCCAAUCCAGUUUUUAAAUGUCCAUAAUGGUAUUUCAGCAAUGCUCUUUAUAAAGCGGUUAAUAAUUACAGAGUUAAACGAGACUAUUGCGUCUUACAACGUCAUACCAGUUGCGCUUUACAUGCAAGAAAUCAUUGUCGUCCAAAUCGUCCUGACUAAGAUCUUUUCUACUGCGUAUACCAAAUCCGACAAAAAAAUCUGUCGUGCAAGCAUACAUGACAUGUUUUAUAUAAUCCUUAUAUAUGUUUCAAUUUAUAGCUUAAUGACAUAUGCUUCAAUAUGUCAAUACCUGAUAUAUGUUUUACCAUGAUUGCAUAUUUCAUAUAUGAUGAUAUAUGUACCCUCUACAAUCAUUUUGUAUGCAAAUCUUCAACAAAGAAGUUCAAUUUUUGUCAAACUUUAUAUGGAUCAAUAGAUUUUAAAAGCUUCGUAUCGAGAGUUUAGUGCUUGGUUGAUCGAUUAAAUGCUUUAAAAAUAAUGACCCUGUAAAAAGCAACACAACCUCGUUUUCAAUAUCUACUCAUUCUUCGAUAACAACAAGUAUUAAAAGGUAGUCAGGGGACAAAAAUCGAGGCUUAAAUGACGCUGAAAAAAAUUAAUUUGGUUUGUCUGAUAACAUGAUUUUAGGCGAAAUAUGGUUUUAUACAUAUGUACUGGGAGAUAAUAAUGUUACGUGAUCGAAAACUUGUGACGUCAUUUUGUGAAAUUACAGAAAUGAAGGCGGCCCAUCUGACACUUAAACUACAUUUGAAAACAUAAAACUAGAUGAAUCCUUUAAGAAAGUAUCUAGUUUUUUUUAUUCCUGCUAGCUACAAGAUUUAAUCUCGUUCCAUUUGAAUGGACAAGUCUAAUAUAAAUUGCAAGAGAGAUUAGUGACUUUAGAUGAAGUAAAUUGAUUUUCCACAGUGAUUUAUUAAAAAGAAAUAAUAUGAGAUUGUUGAUUAGCGAACAGCAACAAACACCGUUUUGUGUUCAAUUUCGUGUUUUUGUACGAGCAAGUCGGAAGAUGAUUCUGUAGUUUUUGUUUUGGAGAACUAAUUAAGCUGUUUGUUUGUUUGUUUAUUGUUGUUUUUUUAUUUAUUUGUUUGUUUUUUAUUUGUUUUAUUUGUUUAUUUUUUUUGUAUUUGCUGUUUGUUUGUUUGUUUGUUUGUUUGUUUGUUUGUUUCCAAAAUUAUACUUUACACGCUUUCAAGAAAACAACCAACAUGCAAUCGAGUAGUGAAAUAUUUUGAUAGUCCAGAGAAUUGAAGUCUUAAGAGUUUAGGCUUUAGAUUCUUUUAGCAGCACACAUAAUAAUAAACAAUCUACAGAAGCGUGCGUCAUUUACUCUCUGUUGCAUUGCGUUUUACACGUAAAUAUUCAGUAAGCUAUUCACAGUGGAGAAGAGAGCUAACAUAUUACACUUCUCGUGAAUGGUAUGAAGCUUUGAUGAGGGGAAAAGAUAAAAAAAGUGUUUUGCUUUCCAAAUGUCACACUUGUUCUAUUGUCAAGUGCAUUACCCUUCAGAAAGCCAGAUGGCAGACUCAUCAGCAGGUUCAACGGAGAGUCGGAUGGUGAUAAAAAGAGAUAGAGCGAAGUCACAAUUUAGUCGAUCUCAAACAACGACUGAUCCACGAAACGCAAAUGUAUACGAACGGCUUUUGCGUAAAAAACAUAGCUUGUCAGGACCUGCAGACAGUUCCAUAACAAGUAAUUCAGAAAUAAAGGAAAAUAUAGAACGGAGGAGAUCACGCAUCCGGAGUAUUCAGAAUAGCGUUCCUCCGUUGAUUUCGAAAAAUUUUCGCCGCUCAUGUCCGAGCGCUGCUUUCGCAGAAUUUGAGAAAAGAGAAAAAAGUGAAGAUUUUAAUAACAACACAAAUCAAUAUCCGAAUGACAGCAAGAGCGAUAAAAAUGAUGAAGAAUCAACAAAUCGGAUGAGUCGAAGAGAUAGAAUGUUGCGCCGACAACCCGCUAAAUCUUCAGGUUUUCUAAAACGUUUCGAGAAAACACCCGAUGUCGUAGAAGACGAGCAACGAACGAAUUCAGAAACGACCGAUACUGAAUCAACUCAGACCAGUAUUCAAUUAAAAAAUGGUGGGAGUGAAACGCGCAGUGUAAGUGCCUUGGAAUCAAAAAAUGUGCUGAAUUUGACUGUGAAAAUAAAACCGGACGACGAAAUUGGUGAAUUAGAAAACAUGAGUUUAUCACUUAUUCCGAAGACUCGUUCACUGUCUCUUAAAGACACGCCACGAAGCGCACCUCCCAUACCUGUGUCAAGGAAAAUUAGUCAGCCGACGUUGACGCCACGUAAAGCUUCAUAUGACUUGAACGACUCACUGCCAGAUCUCAUCGAUGUGCCUAAAACACCAAGUAACACGGCAGACCGCUUGAAAAGAGAUUACCAUUUGACGGACGCCGAAAUUGUGGCGUUGCGAUGCAUUCUAAAGAAGGCUGACUUAUACGAGCAAACUGUUCGUGACCGAAUGUUUAAAGUGUUAAAAAUAGAAGAGGAUAAAGAGAUUGAUCUGGAAGUUAUAACGGGGAAAGUUUUAGCUGAAAAGGAAAUAGACUCAUUGAAGCAAAAACUCUUUAUGAGCAGAAAAGAAUUAGAUUCGUAUAUAUCCUUCACGAAAAAGAUGGAACGAGAAAAACGGCAGUCGAUUUCGGAAAAAGAGGAACUCGAAACGAAGAUACAGUGGCACGAGCGCCGCUUAACCAGAUUCGAAACAGAAAACAAAAAUUUAAAAACCGAGCGUGUAAAUUUUUUGAAUCAGAUAUACGAAUUAAAAGGUAAAUCAACAACUAUUAAAGACUCUGGUCAUAUGAGACAAAAAUCAAUGGAUGCAGGACUCGUGUCGCAACAGCCAGAGUUGGAGUUAUCGAAGCAACGCUUGAUUUACGAGGCGGACGCUUUCGCGCAAGAGAGAACGAAACUAAUUAAAGAACGACAACGUUUGGAUGAAGAAGUGCGCAAAGUUCAAAUAAGAUGCGUUUCUUUACUCGCCCAGUUGCAGCACUCUGAGAAAACUAUCGAAGAAAUGAAGGUCGAAAAAGAACAACUGAAAGAUAAGAUAACGAAAAUGACGAAACAAUCUCACGAUGAUUCUCGUAAAUUGCAAGAACGACUAGCAACUGCCGAAGGUGCUUUGCAGGAAGGUAGCGACUGUACAGACGGCCAUGUAACAGAUUAUUCGAAUUUUAUCGAAACCAUGAAACAGGGUGAUUCAGACUUCGAGAGACUUCAAGUUGAGGUGACUGAGUUGGAAAAAAAAUGUGAUCAUUUACAGAACGAAUACCGAAAUACGGAAGAAGUUCGUAUUAGAUUAGAUCAUGAGAAUAUGGCUUUAAAGGACACGAUUAACGUUAUUCAAAAAGCGAAAGAAGACGCCUUGAAUCAGGUAAACGAACUAGACGCGAAAUAUCGAGAAACGCUUAGCGAUCUUAAAGCUAUCACGAUCGGUUCAGAGCAAUACGAAAAGGAAAGAAUACACUUACGACAAGAAUUAGAAGACGUAUCGUCGCGACUGUCGGAAUUACAGCAUGAUGCCGUCACUAUGGAAGCUGAUCAGGAUGCUUUUAAAAAGUUCUUAGAUAAGCUAUCGUUAGAACUGAGAGAAAAGUUAGGUGAAGAACACAUCUCGAAUGAAACUGAAGGAAUCUCCUUAGAUAAACAAGCGGAAAUUAUCGGUAAAGAAGUGAUAUCUCAUUUGAACCCGACUCGUAAAUUACAAGGAGAUUACGAGGCUAUGAAAGAAGAGCGAGACGAUUUAGAAGAGGAAAUUAAGUACUUAAAGUUUGCUCUUGCUAAUCGUAUGGAGAUUAAAACCAUGCAAUUACCUUCGCAGAAAUGCGAGUGCAGCAAAGAGAAAGAAGCGUUACAGCAAGAAGUUGAUGACGCCAUGUCGCGUAUCGAUAAACUCGAUGCAGAAGUCAAUAGGUUACAUCAAGACAAACAGCAGCUGCUGAUGAGUUUCCUUAACUUGCAAGCUUCACAACGUUCUCGCGAAGUAAGCAAAUCCGACGUUGGCAUGACGACGGAUGACGAUCUUUCGGACGACGAAGAAGAUGAGGAUACUGAACGCGAGAGUGAUGAAGAAUACGAUACCGACAUAUCAAAGUCUGGAUUUACAAGUUCAAAUCCAAGUUUGGCGGACGUCAAAGUCAAUGACUACGGAUCUGUUGGGUCACUUAAAUCAAAUGGCGACGUGCCGGCAUCGGCCAUGGUUACAACUAAGACCUCCUCCGACACCUCACAUCUUGGAAUUGAGGAAGAGCUUAAAGAUUUGCGAAUACGACUGCAAGAGCUUGAAAAAAGCAACCAACGGUUGGAAAUGGAGAGAGUGGAGAUGCUUGAUUCAUUAUGCAAACAAGUUGACGCGAAUAAUGCCCUUAAAAUCGAACUAGAUGAACUGCGAGGGUCCAGGCCUGGAAGUCGACCAGGAAGCAGUAUCUCGAAGAGUGAUAGCUUCUCAAGUAUCAGUCAAGAUAAAUGCGCAAACUGCGCCUCAUACAGCGACGAAAUACGUUCUUACUUGUCGAUUAUUGAAGAAUUGACAGAAGAUAAACUGCGACUUGAAAAAUGCGUCAACGACCUUGACGCUGACAAGGAGCUCAUGGCAAUAGAUUUGGAACGUCUAACAGAAUCUCAUUGUCAGAUAGAAGACGAACUAGCACAAACUGGCAACAUCAAUGAUAGCGCGUUAAAAGCAGCCAAGGAGGAGAGCCAGUUUCUCUUGCAAAAUAUCCAAUCCCUGGAACAAGAGAACUCCGUAUUGGAGGAGAAUCUGCGCAAGUUAAGAGAAGACAAGACGGAGAUCUUGGAUAAUUUGAGACAAGCGGAGGAGGAUAGGUUUGGCUUUAUUCGAACAAUGUCGAUGCUGACGGAGCAAAAGGAAACAGUAGAUUUGGAGAGUGAAAAAUUGAAGCAAGAAAUUGAAAUAUUAAAAGAAAAAUUAGCAGAAUCUGAAGCUCAAUUGUCUACUUUCCAUACUUCGAAUUUAUCGAAGGAGGAGGGAGGUGAUGAAGAGCGACAAGAUGGUACACCACGCUUACCUCUGGGACGUUCAUCAUCGACGCCGACACAAUCGAGUUACAACGCGAACAGCGAGAGCUAUAAACGAUCCCACUCGAGCUCGAUGCGUUCACCUCGUGAUUUUCCAAUGCGCCGAGCAACCUCGAUUGAGGAUAUUUCGGAAAUGAACGAAGAACUAGACGUAAAUAAGCUAGCAGAAGAGGUUUGUUUAUUGAAAGACCAAAUUUCUUCCUAUAAGCUGAAAAACACUGAACUUCAACAAUCUUUAGACGAAGCUAAUUCUUUGCUCGAAGUAGAAAACCAACAGCCUGCUGUGCAACCGGCAGCCGACUUGAAAUGUACGCGGAAAGGUGAACAAUUUGAAAGGGUAGUUUUAGAAGACGUUGAAUGUGAAAGCAAUGCCCUCGGCACGAUAUCUGAAUCUUCGCCUGGACCGAAAAGAAGAUCUUGUGACGGAGAGCGCCGUCCGUCAGAUUUGGAGCGGCGUAGGACGCAGUUACACCGCGGGGACUCUGCUGAUAUAGAACGAAGAACGUCGGAGACAACUGAUUUCCGUCAUAGAUCAAACUCUGAACAAAGACCAAAACUAGAACGUAGGAAAUCUGUCGUGUUGGAUGACGAGACUCCGCAACGAAAACUUUACGGCACACGAAAGUCGUCUCUACCGAUAUGCGAAAUGUUAGAUUUGAUUGGCAAUCAAGCAGGGGGCAAGGAUUCAGAAAUGUGUCGUUCAGCGAAAACUCUUUCAUUUCAAGUGUUAUUUAAUGGUGUGCCGUUACACACGCAAAAUGAUUUUUAACCGAAAACCUUUUUUCCCCUUUUUUUAAACACCUUUUUUUUAAAGCACAUCCAAGUUCGCAGUUUUUUUAAUGCAUUUUUUGAUAUGCUAUGAAAAGUCAACGGAUAAGAAUCUUAAAAUGGCGUUUUCACAGAAUUCUCUUCAUAUUUGUUGUCUUCGUGGCCUGGUGACGAGAUGAAUAGUCUCGUACCUUACUGAGUGAUCUUUUAAGUGAAAGUGCUUUGAAAAAGUUAUUGUUCAUGUAUAAGAAAUAAAACCGUAAAUUUCUUUCUUUUUUUUAAAAAAUUAUUUUUGUUUACAUUAUUCCACCACGUUACAAUUCAUUGAGCCCAACUUCAACCCAAUUUUUUUCAAAGCGACUUGUAAAUUCUCUGAAAUGUGUGUUUGUCUUAAUAAUAUUCAACCUGGAAAGAACGAACCAAAAUAUUUGUUUAUUUGUAUGUUUAUGCUAUCGUGGUUUAUUAUAUCUUACGGUAGCUAUAUAUCUACAUCACAGUGAAGAUUUUUCAUUUUCUGUGUGUAUCGUUGCUAAGCUUUGAAGGAGAAACUACAAGCUACACAAAGAGUGUACUCGUAACACUUUUAUGUUUUGUUAAACCAAGUUAGAAAAAAAUAUUUGAAAAGUUUCUUGUAAUUUGUAGAUAAACCUCGUCCCCGAGGCUUUUGGCCUUUUCUUCCGUCCAAUAUCAGAUGGGGGGAGCCUUGGGAACGAGGUUGUUAUAAGGUGUGGCGGUAUAUUUUUAUGAUAAUUUAUAAAUUAAAACUUAACACAAAAUAUCUCCAAGAAAAUAUGAAGAGGUGUCCUUUUCAUAUUUUUGGGGCCCUUUUUGAGAGAUUUUUAGCAAAACAUUUUAAGAGGUGAAAGCAAUCGUUUUGCUGACGUCAUGCUUUUUCGCUACUCAUUUGUGUUGUAAAAUAUGUAUUUAGUGAAAAAGAAAAAAAAAUCCAGCAUUACUAUUUUUUAA